AUGGCGAAGACUUCAGUUGCAAUUGUUGGUGCGACGGGCGAGACCGGGCACUUCAUCAUCGACGCCCUCCUCGAAUCUGAUGCCUUCGAAAUCACCGCCAUCGCUCGUCCCUCCUCAGCGACCAACCAAAAGUACACCAAUCUCCGCUCCCGUGGGGUCAAGGUCACCGCCGUAGAACUCACCGGUCCUGAAGAUGCACUCGUCGAAGCCCUCGCCAACAUUGACGUCGUCAUUUCGACAGUCUCCGUCGCCUCCUUCAAGGACCAGGUCCCGCUCGCUAAAGCCGCCAAAAAGGCUGGCGUCAAACGCUUCGUGCCCAGCGAGUUUGCGAUGGUGAUCCCGCCCAAGGGUGUCCACGACCUACAGGAUAUGAAAACGGAUGUCCUCAACGAGAUCAAGCGCCUGCAUCUCCCGUGGACCGUCAUCAACGUGGGCUGGUGGUACGCCGGCUUCCUGCCCCGCCUCGCCUCCGGGCGGACAGACUACAUACGUCCCGCGGCCCUGUUCCCCGAGCAAAAUUUCGUCCCGGGCGACGGGGAAGCCGUCUGCUCCAUGAUCGACUCGCGCGAUGUCGGCCGCUACGUGGCGCGCAUCAUCCAGGACCCCAGAACAUUGAACAAGCAGGUCUUAGCAAGCAAUUUUGCGCCCAAGUUGAACGAGCUGUACAGCUUGAUGGAAGAGAUCUCUGGCGAGAAGAUUGAAAAGACCUACCUUUCUGCACAGGAUAUCGAAAGCCAGAUUCAGCAGAGCAGAGAGAAGAUUGCGGCCGGCCAGACGAAUUAUAUGACGCAGGUGGGAUUGAUGAUGUUGCAGUAUCAAUACUCUGCCGGGGUACGGCAUGACAACACCCCCGAGUAUGCCGAGUACUUGGGAUACCUGCUCACGACGGACUUGUAUCCGGAUUUCAAGCAGAUUACGUACCGGGAGUUCUUCCAGGAGGCCCUCGACGGCAAGGCAAGAGCAGCCUACAGCGAGUGA